AUGCCCGAAGCCUCUCCAGGUGCGCUGCGGUCUAGUCUCGCGGGCGUCGCACUCACCGGCGGCGGUGGCGGCACGCUGGGAACAGGGCGCGCCUCGGGGGGCAUCCAGCCGUGUAUACACUUAGCAUGGCCAUCCAUCAAAGCUCCCAAGCGGGUCCUUGAGGGCAAAACGGUCGCGAUGCUGCCGGCGUCUGGGGGGAGGGGGUACAUGUGUCGAUGGAAGGAUGGGCACCCGUCUGCAACGCCUACUUACUACCCGUCCGUUCCAGGAGCUCAGGCCAUGGUUCAGCACGCGUCAGGCUCCGUCCCGUCAGUGUUUCGUCCAAGCGACUGCGCAAAAAGAGAGGGCCGUUUCGUAUCGUCACACUGGCCGUCUUGCACAGUCUCCACUCGCACCUUGACAUCUGCCCAUCGUGGUGUACAAGACUACUCUACGACGCUUGUGCCUUCAUCUACUGUCAUUGCCACUACCGCCCGCCAGGCGAACCACAACACAGCAAACUGCCGGUGA